GCGCGUGCGCGGAGCGGGGAGUGGAGUUCAAAGGAGGGAACAUGGCGGAAAACAAAGGAGGCGGCGGCGGCGGGGAGGGGGCUGCUGAGACCACACCGGGCGCCGGUAGUGGCCUAGAGCCUGCGGCGGCAUCCCCCGUCGCCGCCGCGCCGCCAGAGGAGCGGGAGAGCCCGGGCGCAGCGCCGGUAGCGGUGGAGCGCAGUCUCGGGGAGGCUGAGGCCGAGGCAGCGGCGGGGCCCGGUGUCGUUCCAGGGCCGGGCCCCAGCCCGGUUCCCCCGCUGACACCGGCGGCUCCGGGGCCUUUUUCGCUGCUGGACACCUGCGCUGUUUGCGCGCAGAGCCUACAGAGCCGGCGCGAAGCCGAGCCCAAGCUGCUUCCCUGUCUCCACUCCUUCUGCCGCCGCUGCCUGCCCGAGCCCGAGCGGCAGCUCAGCGUGCCCGUGCCCGGCGGCGCCAACGGCGACAUCCAGCAAGUUGGUGUAAUCAGGUGUCCCAUCUGCCGCCAGGAAUGCAGGCAGAUAGAUCUGGUGGAUAACUACUUUGUGAAAGACACCUCCGAAACGCCGAGCAGCUCCGAUGAGAAGUCAGAACAGGUGUGUACCAGUUGUGAAGAUAACGCCAGUGCCGUUGGAUUUUGUGUGGAGUGUGGGGAAUGGUUGUGCAAGACUUGCAUAGAAGCUCACCAGCGAGUGAAAUUUACUAAAGACCAUAUGAUCAGAAAAAAAGAGGAUGUGUCUUCAGAGGCCGUGGGAGCAUCUGGUCAACGUCCUGUUUUCUGUCCUGUCCACAAACAAGAGCAGUUAAAACUUUUCUGUGAAACAUGUGACAGGCUGACAUGCAGAGACUGUCAGUUGCUGGAACACAAAGAACACAGGUAUCAGUUUCUGGAAGAAGCUUUUCAGAACCAGAAGGGUGCCAUUGAGAACCUAUUGGCCAAGCUUCUUGAGAAGAAGAAUUAUGUAAAUUUUGCAGCUGCUCAAGUUCAGAAUAGGAUAAAAGAAGUAAAUGAAACUAACAAGCGAGUAGAACAGGAAAUCAAAGUGGCUAUAUUCACCCUCAUCAAUGAAAUCAAUAAGAAAGGAAAAUCUCUCUUGCAGCACCUUGAGAAUGUGACAAAGGAGAGACAGAUGAAGUUAAUACAACAGCAGAAUGACAUCACUGGUCUUUCACGUCAAGUGAAGCAUGUAAUGAACUUUACUAAUUGGGCUAUUGCAAGUGGCAGCAGUACUGCUUUGCUCUACAGUAAACGGCUGAUAACAUUCCAGUUGCGGCACAUUCUGAAGGCGCGUUGUGAUCCUGUCCCGGCUGCCAACGGAGCCAUUCGCUUCCAUUGUGACCCUACCUUCUGGGCAAAGAACGUUGUCAACUUAGGUAACCUUGUCAUUGAAAAUAAGCCAACUCCUAGUUACACUCCUAAUGUCGUGGUUGGACAAGCUCCUCCUGGGACAAACCAUGUCAGCAAAGCUCCAGGACAGAUCAAUCUGGCCCAGCUUCGACUUCAGCACAUGCAGCAGCAAGUGUAUGCACAAAAGCAUCAGCAACUGCAGCAGAUGAGGAUGGCACAGCCAACUGGGUCAGUUCCCAGGCAGACAAGUCCUCAAGUCAUACAGCAGCAGCCUCCCAGGUUGAUCAGCAUGCAGACCAUGCAGAGGGGUAACAUGAACUGUGGGGCUUUCCAAGCACAUCAGAUGAGAAUGGCUCAGAAUGCUGCUCGUAUACCAGGAAUCCCACGCCACAAUGGACCACAGUACUCCAUGAUGCAGCCUCACCUUCAAAGACAACAUUCUAACCCUGGGCAUGCAGGGCCUUUUCCAGUCGUUUCUGUGCACAACACCACUAUUAAUCCAACUAGUCCUACAACAGCAACAAUGGCGAGUGCAAACCGCGGUCCCACGAGCCCGUCCAUCACUGCGAUCGAGCUCAUCCCCUCUGUCACAAAUCCAGAGAACUUGCCUUCCCUGCCAGACAUCCCUCCCAUCCAGCUUGAAGAUGCUGGUUCAAGUAAUCUGGAUAACCUGCUAAGCAGAUACAUUACAGGCAGCCACCUACCCCCUCAGCCCACAAGUACCAUGAAUCCCUCCCCAGGACCUUCAGCUCUCUCUCCAGGGUCAUCAGGAUGCCAUUUGCCUUCUUGGCCACAAGGACACAUUGCUGGCUCAUGGUCAUCCUGUUGCCCACCAGGAAGUUUAUCCAACUCCCACACUCCUGUGAGGCCGCCUAGUACCUCCAGCACAGGUAGCAGAGGAAGUUGUGGCUCCUCUGGCAGAACCGCUGAGAAAACUAGUGUGAACUUCAAAUCUGACCAAGUGAGAGUCAAGCAAGAACCAGGGACAGAGGAAGAGAUAUGCAGUUUCUCAGGAACAGUGAAGCAGGAGAAAACAGAGGACGGCAGGAGGAGUGCUUGCAUGCUUAGCAGUCCUGAGAGCAGCUUGACACCACCACUGUCCACUAACUUGCAUCUGGAAAGUGAGUUAGAAGCAUUAGGAAGUCUUGAAAAUCAUGUGAAAACCGAACCAGCAGAUUUAAGUGAAAGCUGCAAACAGUCUGGACACAGCCUUGUGAAUGGCAAAUCCCCGGUGCGGAGCCUGAUGCACCGAUCAGCUAGAAUCGGAGGAGAGGGCACUAACAAGGAUGAUGACCCCAACGAGGACUGGUGUGCUGUCUGCCAAAAUGGAGGGGACCUCUUGUGCUGUGAGAAGUGCCCAAAGGUGUUUCACCUGACUUGUCACGUACCAACACUCCUCAGCUUCCCAAGUGGAGAGUGGAUAUGUACAUUCUGCAGAGAUUUGAGCAAACCCGAAGUAGAAUAUGAUUGUGACAAUUCCCAGCACAGCAAGAAGGGGAAAACAGCACAAGGCCUGAGUCCUGUGGACCAAAGGAAAUGUGAACGUCUCCUGCUUUACCUGUAUUGUCACGAGCUGAGCAUUGAAUUUCAAGAGCCAGUCCCAGCCUCGAUACCAAACUACUAUAAAAUAAUAAAGAAACCAAUGGAUUUAUCCACGGUGAAAAAGAAACUGCAGAAGAAACAUUCCCAACACUACCAAACCCCAGAGGAUUUUGUGGCGGACGUCCGGUUGAUCUUCAAGAACUGUGACAGGUUUAAUGAAAUGAUGAAAGUUGUUCAAGUUUAUGCAGAAACACAAGAGAUUAAUUUGAAGGCUGAUUCAGAAGUAGCACAGGCAGGGAAGGCAGUUGCAUUAUACUUUGAAGAUAAACUUACAGAGAUCUACCCAGACAGGACCUUCCAGCCUUUGCCUGAAUUUGAGCAGGAAGAGGAUGAUGGUGAAAUAACUGAGGACUCCGAUGAAGAUUUUAUACAACCACGUAGAAAACGCCUAAAAUCAGAUGAGAGACCAGUGCACAUAAAGUAAUCUAAUGCCAUGGACCUAAAGUUUAUUGUAAAAACUCUUAUUUAAGUGUUCUGGAAUAUUAUCAUGCCUACAGUGGCCAACCUGAAGAAGCUGAUAGCUUUUUAACAGUAUUAGAUUACAAAAACAAACACUUGUACAGAAAAGCAUUCUCGUCAAAAGGGGAAAGAUGUAAAGUUUUGGUGGGUUUUGGUUUUUUAUUCUCCUCUAUGAUUUGUUCUGUUCUGUUCUUUUCCUGCUGGAGGGGACACAGUCAUCCUGCUCUUGCAGAUAGAGGAUAAACACUGAAGAGAAGCAGGUCUGAUACGUUCCAUGUACAGUUAGGACCGCUUUAGUGGAGCGGAUGGGUUCCAGUCUCUCACCUUCCAACUGGCCUGAAGUGUUCCUGGAGUCCCCUCCUGGUGUGAGCUUAGUGCGUGUUGGUCACGGCUGCCAUCAUCUCAUUUAAGUGGUGUUGUGAAUAACUCUGUGGAUCCAAUUCUCUACAUUUUCUUUCUUUACUACAUUUUACCUGUAGCAGAAGUUUAACACAAAACCCAAACAACAAGCAAACAAAACACAAUCUCAUUGAAGUGUUCUGAAUUGGCAAGUGCAGGAGUGUGACUUCUUGACAGAUGAAAAACUCAGCUGGUGGCAGCAGCCUCUUUUCUGCAGGGCUUGGGUCUGUUUAGUCCUGUGCACAGAACAUUUUGAUGGCCUUCAUGGCAGAAGUCUCAGCGUUGUCUCAUCUGUCCCUGAUCCCCCUAAUGAAGCAGAAUGUUAUCUCCAGUAUUCAUUGCCUAAUUUUCUGUACUUUAAAAAUAUAGACUGAAGAGGUAACAACUGGUUGGGGUGUUUUUCCAGUCUUCCUGAAUAUCAGUUUCUAACAGACCACUCGGCAAACAAUAACCUAUUAACUACCAAAUGUGUAAAAUUUCCUGUAUUCACUUUGUCUUAUUUGUAAAUAGUGAAUUGAGAUUCUUGCAGCUCAGCAACAUUUGCUGGGCUGUUUUUAAGCUAAUAUGUAUUCUUAUUAAUUGUUCCUAUCAAGAAAAGGUUUGUAAUAUAUGCUAUUUCUAACAUUGCAUUCAUUUGGAGGUUCUCUCUUAUUUUUAUUAGAGUACUACUCAGAACUUUCUUCAGAAGCAGCUUAUGAGCAAAAUAUCUUGAAAGAUUGGGAUAAUUCCCUUGGGAUUGGCUUACUAUGUUCAGCAGUUGAACAAAGUACUUGCACAGACCAGGAUUUGGCUUGGAGUGGUUUCUGGUCAAAUACUGAAAACAGAACAAUUUUCCCCCCUUUCCCUAACCCCUGUGGCAAGCACCUCUGCAGUGCCUCCCGUUGCACACUGCCUUCAUCCCAGCAGUUCUGGUUAGAAGUGAGGUCAUCGCAAAGUCCUUGUAGUUUGAACAGUUGUUUCCUUUACUGGCAGGAAGCAAGGCUAGAAAUAAUCAGAGUAAUUUCUGGCUUUCGUGUAGCUCUGGUUUAAAGUGAGAUGAUACAUUCAGAGGAGAUGAAUUUGACAGGCUACAAAUUUGCCACCAGGUUUUGUGUGAAUGCAGCAAUUCCAUAGCAAAUCGCUAGGGUUUGCUCUACCCAGCAGGAGCAAUUCCUGUGGCAUUGUUAUACACUUUACCAUAAUGGUAAAGAGAAGUAUUUUAGCAGAGUGUUAGCAAACUGAGGGAUGCUCUCAGCAGUUUUUAUGCAAAUCACUUAAGAUUUGAUUCCUUUUUCUGAGAACAAAGUCUGUGUACGUUGUGACUUUGCCUCUCUUACGGCGAAGGAAGGGGCUGAAGGUGUUUGUAACUUCAAGCUCAUUUCUUUAGAUUACACUUAAAACCCAAACUGGACACUCUUUGUCAGAUCUCAAGAGAGUGCCAGUUUCAAUUUUGUUUUUUUUUUUUUUAACCAGUUUGUAUGUGAAAGAGGAACUAAUUCUGCUUAAACAUACCACACUGACACACAGCAGAAGCUCUGGCAUAGGAAGGGUGCCGUAUGUGAGUAGGACACGGAUAGCAACGAGGGAUCAUAUAAUGGCUCUGUGGAUUGCCUAUUUAUGCAUUUCUAGUUUCUCAGCUUCAUUUUGCAAAGGAAUAUAAUUAAAAUUAUCAUGAAAAGAUUUUUUUCUGUGAAUUCUCUUCACUUGUGGUUCCAAUGUUUGUGGUGUUUAAGCACUGUAGGCUCUGUACCUUUAGACUUCAACUUUUUACCUGUUUGCUGUCAGGCACCGCUCAUGUCCAGGUACUGCAGAUGCCCACUGCCUCAGCUGGAGCAAAGGGAUGAGGUAGUGGCUUCCCAGGCUGGGUCAGAGUUGAGGAAGGACCACAUUGCAGAGCUGCAGUCCAGAGGCUGCACCUGCUCCCUGGCUCUGGCCAGGAUACCUUCUGCUCUCCACCCAGACUGCAGAGCAGGCGUCAGAAUGUUAGGGGAAGCCUCUGUGGUUGAGUCACUCCCACUGACAGGCAGAAAAACCGUCAAGCUCUGUAGGCUACUGCCAGCCUGUGUCCACCAGCUCAUCUGCAAGCCACGAGUGGUGCUGAGCUUGGGUCUUGAUGAAAGUUCAAGCUCUACUCUCACACAUAACCUCUGAACUUCUAGAACUGAUGCUUCCAUUUAGCUCAGCAGGGCUCAACAGUAUUGUGGAAUUUUGACCUGGGUUCUUGGAACCUGAUGUGUGUCUGUGUUGUAUAAAAGCAGCAAAGCAUCUCAAUUUUUCCUCCUUCAUUUUGGAGCUCUCAGUACAAUCAUUCAGUGAUAGUUUGGAAAUGAGAUAAAUUCUGUUAAAAAGUAAUUGAAAGAGAAGCUCUGCCAGUACACCUCCUGAUCCUCUGUCUUGUAUCUGUCAGUGUUCAUCAUAGGACCGGUAAGGGUUUGCUCAGUUAGCACAAGCUGUGUGAAACUGGUUCCAGAGCAGCUUUGUGGGGUUUGUGUGGAUGGUUGCUGAGCUGCUCUGAGUGGCUUCUCUGUGCCUGGUGAUGUGAGUGUUUGAGAACUGGAGCAGAGCUUGCAUCAGCAGAACUUCUGCAGACAGAAGUUGUGGCAGGCAGGCUCUGCAUGCCAGCUCCUUUGCACCAUUGCAGCGUUCCCACGCGACAGCAAGAAGGUAGCCUGGCACUUGGUGGAACUUCGUGCUCUGGUUUAAGACACUUAAAAAAAGCCACCCUUUGUGUCUCCGUUUUUGUUGUAAAUGGCCCUGAAGUUUAAGUUAAUCCAAAGAAGUAAAAGGCAACUUGCUUUUGAAAUAGGAAUGAAAAGUUCACAGGAUGCUACCUGUGGACUUCUCGAUUACCUCAGCAGGUAUCCUGCCAUGUACUGACUAGUGGGUAGUGAUUAGUGCUAGUUCAACCAGCCAGAUUCAGGUCUUUCAUUUGACUGUGCCCUGCCUAUGGCAUGAUGAGGCAGAAUUGCCAUCAGGGCUAGACCAAGAGAGGAUGUUCCCCAAACUUCUCAAAAUAGGAAUGCUCUGUUAAGCGUCCAGAGAGGUUCUUUGUGUGCAGUGCCACUGCUGCUUGUGACAGUGCAGUGCUGUUGGCACAUGAGGCACUGGAAUGCUUCAUAAGCAUUUCUGCAAGCCACUGGAACAACUCCUCAAAACUAGCCCAAUUUUAUCAUUCUCCAUAACCUCCUUUAUUGGCUGACUUCUAAAAGUGUAGGCAGUGGCAGUGUUGAAGCAAUGUGUGUGAUGUGCUGGGAGCUGGCUUUUCCUUCUCUUUCUUUACCCCUUUCCUUAGCAAUAAAACUGCUUUGCCUGGUGCCUGUUGGCACGACAGGAGUCCUUUGCUCUGGGCAGUGAUUUUAUAGGAGAGCUUGUAUGCAUAUUGCCAAGUCCUGCUUUUGGAAGCAGAGUGUGCAGGAGUUCUUGACAGCACAGCCUGGUGUUUGAGUUCAGAAAUGGGAGAAAGUUGCAUAUUUCUUUUACCAGUUCGGGUGUGAGUGAGAAACAGAGACCCAUGUUUUAAAAGAGCUUGAGUGGGCCACAGUUUACACAUUUCAGAGGGGGGCAUUCGUGUUGUAGCUUUGGGUGUGGUGUGUGUACAGCAACUCUUUCCACCUAGCUCCUGGGUUUGCUCCUGGGGAUCCUCCUUUGUGUGCUUUCCAAGGUGUCUGGAUUGGCUUUCAGGAGUUGCAGUGGAUUUGGAUGUCUUUUUUAUGACGAGUGAACUGUUCAGUCUGAAAGGCAGUUUGGGCCUUUUCUGUUGAGUGAUCUUACAGCUCAAAGCUGCUCUCUCCAGGAUUUAUUGACUUUCUACAAGGAGGGGGCACUAAAACAUUUUCUAAGCUCACCGCGGGGUGAGCUGUGCUGAGAAGUGCAUGUCCGCUGGUGGCCUGCGAGCGGGGGGGGGUAUGUCUUUAGGUGCAGAACACCACAAACCAUGUAUAUAAAUAAGCCUUUAAAGAUUUGUGCAGUCAAAAGCCUGUUUUACAUGUAAACGUGCUCCUGGAAGGGUUAAAUCCAUGGCAUUCUUCGAUGAUUUCUUGCUUCCAGCCGUUGAACUGGUUCUUUUUUGCACAUAGGAAACCGCUCACCUUUUAAUAUGGUUCUUCAACAAAAGUGCUGUUUCUGUGGUAUUGUAUUCUCUGAAUAAUCAUAUUUAACCUUUUUUUUUUCCUUCUUUUUUUUUAAAGGAAAACAAACCCAAGGUUACAGUUUCUAAUUGUUCUGUUCCUGUGUUUUUUGCUGGUGUGUAAUAAAAAGAGAAGUUUUUCUUUCCAUGGUUAUUUAAUACAUUUAGCUGCCUGUAAAUAUUUCUCGUUAAAAUGCUCUGGAAUGUGCUGUAGAAGUUGUAUUAGAGCAGUUGAAAGCAUUGUUUGACAACCAUUUUGUUUUGGGUUAUUUCUAUUAAAUUAGAAAAAAAAAAAUUACUCUUUCAA